AUGAAUUUAAAGAUAAAAUGUUAACAAGAUGACCAUUAGGAUGAGAUAGACACGGUUUGUUAUAACUAGUUUUGUACAGAAUUUAGAUUGAAUUGUUUUAAAUGUAUGAAGAAGGCAAGAAUCCAUCAUGAUCAUUUUGAUGAUGUUGAAAAACUCAAUACUGUGAUUGAAUUCAUUGAAAGUAAAAAUAAAGAGUGUGAUAAUUUGAUAAAUGAUCUUGAUACAUAUCUAGAGAGUCUGAAUCAAUCAUUUACAUUAUUAAAAAGGGGAAUCAGAUAAAAAUAUUCAUUAAUAAAAGAAAGAUCUCUAUAAUUGAACUCUUAGUAACUAAAUGAUUAUUUGAAUUCAACCGUCAAAUUAAAUGAAUACAACUAAUCCAUUAAAACAAUCAUUUCAGAUUAAACUAAGAAAUUAACUCAUACAUUUAAUAACUUAUAUCAAUAAUUAAAUUUAUCAUCAUUUAAUUAUCAUUAUAUUGAUGAUAAUUCUAUAAAAUUAUCUAAAGAGUUAUAUGAUAAAGGUAGUCAUAUUAUUACAAUCCUUAGGUUUUGAUUUAUAUUGGAAAGAUAAACUUACUGAGGCAAUAGAAAUAUUUGAUAUUUCAAUACAAUAAAAUCCAGACAACCAUUUAUCUUUAUGGUGUAAAGGUAAAAAUAAGAGAAGAUUAAUAGGUUCAUGUUUAAGAUUGUUAAAUAAAUAUGAGGAUGCAAUCACUUGGGUGGACAAAGCAUUAGCUAUUAAUCCUAAGCAUGUAAAUUCCUUAUUUGAGAAAGGUAGAUUGAAUCAUUAUUGUAUUAAUAGGUGAGUGUUUAAGAUUGUUAAAUAAAUAUGAGGAUGCAAUCACUUGGGUGGACAAAGCAUUAGCUAUU